AUGAUCUGUUUGUUAUUGAUUCCGGAUAUUUGCGUAUUACUAUUGUCUUGGGUUUACACUCUCGAAUAUUUGCAGCACAACUCUUUUAGUACUUGUCUGUCUUUGUUCGAGCCCAAGUCUAGGCACGGAGAGGCACUCUUUUGGUCAUUUGUCAAGAUAAAACGCAAAUGCUGGGAUGGAUGUGACAUUGUGUUUGAAAUAAUAGAGUCAUCGAUGUCGUGUCGUCUACCUCAUGUAUCCAUCCAUCCGCCUUAUCCUAGGUAUGUAGCUAGCUAUCCAAUGUUUGAAGCUCGUCUUUCCAGUUUAAUUAGUACGCACUUUUUCUCAGCGUGGCGCCUUUUACUUUUCCUUUCUUAUUCCCGUCCCUUUCUUAUUUCGCAACUACUACAUAGCGUUGAACACAGAGGAUAA